UAUUAAUGACAAAACAACUUUAAAAAGAGUGUCCGUCAGAAGGAGAAUUGUUGGAGAAGUGGAGGGAUUGAAACCGCAGGUGACGACGGCGUACCUUCUGUGACGGAGACAUGGAAAACGAUGACGUUGAUAUGGUCGGCGCCGACAACAACGAAGCCCAGGAUUUGGAUGACAUGAAGAAACGGUUGAAGGAAAUGGAAGACGAAGCGGCUGCUUUGAGAGAGAUGCAGGCCAAGGUCGAGAAAGAAAUGGGAUCCGCGCAAGAUCCCGCUAAUGCUUCUGCUAGUCAGGUCAAUAGGGAGGAAGUUGAUUCUCGAUCAAUCUUUGUGGGCAAUGUGGACUAUGCAUGUACUCCCGAAGAAGUGCAACAGCAUUUUCAGUCGUGUGGAACGGUAAACCGAGUCACCAUUCGCACUGAUAAGUUUGGCCAACCCAAGGGUUAUGCUUAUGUAGAAUUUGUUGAAGUAGAAGCUGUUCAAGAGGCUCUUUCCCUGAAUGAAUCUGAACUGCAUGGACGGCAACUGAAGGUUACUGCUAAGAGGACCAAUGUACCUGGGAUGAAACAAUUUCGUCCCCGUCGGCCUAGUAAUCCUUACAUGGGAUUUCGAGGCAGAACUCCAUAUCCACCUCCUUUUGCCUAUGCCCCUGCUCCUUAUGGAUAUGGAAAGGUUCCAAGGUUCCGAAUGGGGAUGCGCUACAGCCCUUACUAUUGAAUGGAUUUAUUGAUUAUUGGAUGGAUGGACUGAUAUAAUACUCUUCUCCUUCUCCCUCACAUGUUAUCAUGGCUGAUGUUUUGGCCUAUAAUGAGAGUAUUAUCUUAGGUGGUAACCUAGACUGAGGUUGUUUGUUGCGAGAGGAUUGAACAUAUUUAAGAGUAAACCUUGUAAACUUGUGGUGUUUUCUUCUGUUUUUAUUUAGUGUUUAUAUUUAUAUAUAUUCAAAUGUUCUUUGUAAAA